GCAUCUGACCUGAAUUGUUUUUGCUGAGAUGGAUGUUUUGUUAGAUUGAAGAGAGCGCAGGGAAUGAAGGUAGCCAAGGGUGGGAAUCUGGUAUUAUGUGCGGGAGAGGCCCAGCUCUAUACGCUGGACCAACUGAUGAGAGCGUCGGUGGAGUUACUAGGGAGAGGCACAAUGGGGAUCACAUACAAGGCAGUGUUGGGUAACCGUCUGAUUGUGACGGUGAAGCAGCUGGAUGCCCGAUUAGCCGGCACAUCGAAGUAGAUGUUCGAGCAGCUCAUGGAAUCGGUGGGUGGACUCAGACACCCCAAUUUGGUCCCACUCAGGGCCUAUUUCCAGGCCCAUAAAGACAGGCUUCUUAUCUACGAUUACGAACCCAAUGGCAGUCUCUUCUCCCUCAUUCACGGUAAGCCUUCGUUACUUCAUUACUUCAUUGCUUCAUUACUUCAUUUUCCCUGUUCAGUUUCAGUGUGUUAACUCGUCAUUCCCAGCUUGUUAACGCAGUAACUACCCAAUUAAGGGUACGGCUAUAAUUAUAUUGGUAAUAGCUUUAUAGCAGCUGAAUAGGAUUAGGAAAACUAUCUUUGAAUUUUUUUUUUUUAGAUUGAAGGGUUAAUUACUUAAUAAUAAAGAUUUUAAUUUUAA